UGGAGAGAUAGGGAGAGCAGGGCAUAUAAUUGAAUAAGAUUCCUAGAGGAUCUGAACGGGAGAGUAGGCUACUAGUCCCUGAUUUAAACAGGACACUCAGAAGAGUAGUGGGACGCUGAGUUAAUGGAUCUUUCUUGAGGCGUUGAAUACUUACGCUGCCCUGCAGGAAUUGAAGCCACUAAUGACGACCCCAGCGAUGGAGAAGGAGGCGAGGCCUGUAGAGAAAGGGGCUACUCUUACAUCCCAUCUCUCCAGAGCACUUAAUCUGCUUACUGGGGACAUGCGUGUGUAUGGAGAAUGGAUAAAAAGGCAGAUUGUGGUGGUCCAGGUGGUGGACUGGGUCCUACGUGGGGUGGCCCAGGUCAUGUUUGUCAACAACCCCCUCAGUGGGCUGCUCAUCACAUUUGGCCUGGUGCUGCAGAACCCCUGGUGGGGCCUGAACGGACUGCUAGGAUCCCUCGCUUCCACACUGUCUGCACUCCUGAUUAGACAAAACAUGGGGGCCAUAUCUGCUGGUUUAUAUGGCUACAAUGGGACCCUGGUUGGAAUGCUGAUGUGUGUCUUCUCAGCCAAAGGGGACUGGUACUGGUGGCUUCUGCUCCCUAAUAUGUUCAUGUCCAUGUUAUGUUUCCAGUACAAGCCGGUGGAAGAUGGGAGGGAGGCAAGCGCUACACCGGGCCACGGGAGAGUCAAAGAGAGUAAAUCCAAUCCCAUAGUCUCCAGUGCCCUGGGAUCAGUGUUCAGCAAAUGGGACCUCCCUGUGUUCACUCUACCAUUCAACAUCCUUGUGUGUUUGCACAUGGCUGCCAUGGGGUCUAACCACCCUUACUUUCCAGAGGUGCUAAUGCAGCCAAAGUCCUCCCUCCAUCUGAACACCACCUUGGCAGAACGAAGCAUACCUCAGCUCUUGAUGGCGGUGCCAGUUGGCGUGGGUCAGGUGUACGGCUGUGACUGCCCCUGGACUGGAGGAAUCUUCAUCAUAGCCCUGCUGCUUUCCUCCCCAACCAUCUGCAUGCACGCUGUACUGGGCUCUAUUGUUGGUGUAGUGUCCGGUCUUGUUCUAGCUGCUCCUCGUGAGGACAUCUACUCAGGACUGUGGGGCUACAACAGUUGUCUGUCCUGCAUCGCUAUUGGAGGGGUGUUCUAUGCAUUGACAUGGCAGAGUCAUCUACUGGCUAUUACCUGUGCCUUUUUCUGUGCGUACAUGAGUUUGGCCAUUUCAAAUCUGAUGUCCAUAUUUGGGCUACCAGCAUGCACCUGGCCUUUCUGCCUGUCCGCCCUCACCUUCCUCCUCAUCACCACUGAAUCCAGAGCCAUACACAGACUGCCUCUGUCGACCGUGACGUACCCUGAGGAAAACAGGCGCUACAACAAAGAGAGGUCACCAGAAAAUCACCAGGGGGAUCAGCAGAACAUCAGUAAAGAGGAGAAACUGCUGGAGAGAAGAGAAGAGAUAAAGCCUCAUAUCAGCCUGUCAGUAGAGUAGUGUGUAUUCUGAGGACACGAAGUGAAUAGCCUAUCUCUCCGUGAAUGCUAGUAGCUCAUGGAAAAAUUCUAGGAAAAUGUUAGCAAAUUAUAGUAAAGUCAACGCUGGAGUUAGAGACAUUGAAAACAUAUUGGCUAGGAUAUCAAUAGCUAUUGUCUUACAGUCAAAGACACCUCUGACUUAAUUUCAUCUUCCUCUACUGUUUUGAAAAGCAGUUUUUCUAUCCUGGAAUCCACACUGAAUAUGAUUCCGGGCUGGAGUUUCACUAUAUUCUACAAAUACUUUUGCAAUGAGCCUAAUAGUCUCUGGACUACAACAACUUUAGCAUCCUUACAUUGGACUCAAUAUUUUAUUGUAGAAUUUAUAGUUGUGUUUUGCUAGUACACCUUUUUACGUAUGGGCUUUGAUUCAGGCUGUACCACUAAUUUGUCAUAACUUUAUUGCUCAGUAGAGGGCAGCACACACCAAAGCAAGCCGAUGCUUACUGCUGUGUCUGAAGGAGUCAUUUUUGUAAUCUCAAAAUAAGCGCUGUUUAUAUGAAACAA